AUGCCAUCAAAACCAGUUGCAUCCCCUCCUCUUCAACCUAAGAAGGUGCACGGCACGACCCGCGAUGAUGAGCCAAUUGAUGACUAUGAGAAUGCCAUUCACUCGAAGCAGCAGGAAGAAGAGGGCUUGCAUCAAGCAUCAGAAGGCAAUGUCGCUGCAGCACGUCGUGUUGAUGCUCCAGGAGGACCACAUGAACAGCAUAUCGGGAACACAGGCUCUCGGAACUGA